AUGGCGCGGCUUCCGCGGGCUGUUGAGCAGAUCCUGACCGCGUACCUGACGGGCGCGAUUGCGCAGCGCCUGAGCCGCUCUCCCGCCGUGCUUCGCGCGACGGACCGAAUUUUGCACGAGUGGGAUACGCUCCCCCAGCGGAUGCAAGGCAAGCCGGUGCCUUAUACACCACGCACCUUUGACGAGUACGAGACAGUGACACAAGAAGACCACGGCGAGCCACAUGACGAGCCGUCGCCCUUUCCUUUGUCGGGCAAGUACAGCGGCCAGGAUGCCGACCUAAAAAAGGCGCGGUCUACGAACGCCACCGCCUCUCGUGCGCCCGAGUCACCGCCCAGCGACGAGCGCGCUUCUCCACCCCCCAAAGAACCUUUGGACCCAGUUGCGGACGAGAUCCGCGCGCUACAGGAGAAACUACGGCGUCCUAAGUAA